CCACAUUUUGCCUUGGUUUCCCCUUUCCUUUGAAAGACAUAAACAUCAAAUCAAAUCAACGCACCAUAUUGUGCAUUUUUCACUGAAACAUCUUCUUAUAAGUAAUAAUGUAAUCUGCGCGCGGUGAAUGACAUCCUACUUACUUUUGUUCCCCAGAUGCCUGGAAUUCGCUUCAUGCAGUGCCACAAGUGUGGAAAGAGAAAGAACACGCUAAGGUCCUUGUUUCGCCACUUACACGCUGAGCAUGGGCACGAACAGAACUGGGUGUGUGGACUUGACGGAUGCCUGAGGACAUAUAGACAUUAUGGAGCUUACAGAAAGCAUGUUUCAAGGUACCAUUCAGGUCUCCUCGAAGGUACUGAGGAUAUGGAAGAGCCACAAGGGACAAAAGAAGGUGUAGACAAUGCGGAACAUGACAUUGAGGUGGUUCCUGGCAGCAGUGAGGGGGAUGAACUAUUCAGUGCAAACACAAGCUUUGCAGUGUCUGGAGAAAGAAGUUCAAGCUUGUCUACUGAUCAGUGUCCAAACUUAUUUAAACAGUUUGCGCAUCUACAAUUGAAAUGGAAAGAGGGAAAGCGCCUACCGAAUGCAACAAUUCAAGAAAUAUCCGCGGAUUUGGUGAUGUACCUUCAGUCUUUCGUAGCACAUUUUUUUACUGAGGCUCAUGGUGGCUUCAAAUCUGCCACAUCAUUCAUUCAGAAUGACUUAGCAAGGCUCAUUAAUGAUCAGGAACGUGAAAAAUAUUGGAAGUUCUGCAUGAACUUUGUAGAACCACAAACUAUCUGUCUUGGUAGGGACAUUAAUAGGAAGAAAGAAGUGUUUACUUAUGUUCCUGUACUGAAAGUAUUAACGAACUUGCUCGAAAGUCCUCAAGCUGACGCAAGAAUUAGGUCAAGAAAUUCAGGAGAUUAUCUUGUUGACGUUUUUGACGGCAAAGCAUUCCAAGAGCAUGCAUACUUUCAAGGAAAUACAAAGAAGCUGUGCAUUCAGUUGUAUACGGAUGAGUUUGAGGUUUGCGAUCCCCUCGGAAGCAAACGGGGAAAACACAAAAUAAUGUCAGUGUAUUAUACGCUUCUAAAUGGCCCACCAGAAACAAGGUCACAGCUUUCGUCAAUUCAUUUAGCUGUGCUAGCGAAGGAAAAAUUUGUUGUGAAAUAUGGUUUAAAGCGAAUUUUACAACCUCUUGUUAACGACAUUGCACAUCUUGAAACGACAGGCAUUUUUAUUAAUGGGGAAGUUUGCACAGGCUCAGUUUUAUUUGCCUGCGGAGACAACCUUUCUAUGCAUCGACUGGGAGGGUUCAGAUGUAGUUUCAGCAAAGGCAGAAUAUGUCGCCACUGCAUGGCUUUGAGCAGUGAAAUUGGAAGAAAGCACAGACCGGCAGACUUUGUUGAAAGAACGCCAGCUGCCCACGAUCGCCAAGUAAGCUUACUUCAAAGCGGGGUUAGCUGUCUCCCCAUAUAUGGCGUAAGGAGUGAGUGUGCUGUUAAAUUUUCAGGUUUUCAUGCGACGCAGCACCUUCCCCCGGACCUCAUGCAUGAUUUACUUGAAGGUGUAAUUCCAUUUUUGCUGAAGCACGUUCUCCUUUCUCUAGUGAAAAAAAGAAUCAUUACUUUAGAGUAUUUGAACUCUUCAAUUGUGGGCUACUGCUAUGUUGACAAUGACAGGCGGAACAAACCUGAGCAGUUGUCAAUGACAAUGUUGCAAGGCAGUAUAAAAGGAAGUGCAUCGCAACUAUUUUGUUUAUUUCGAUACUUGCCAUUCUACAUAGGUACACAGAUUCCAAAAGGAGUUGAAGAAUGGGAGCUUUACAUUUUGCUGCGAAAAAUAGUUGAUAUUCUCAUGAGCCGAAGAGUCACUAUGGAAUAUAUCGCUUAUGUAGACCGCCUCAUCUCUUGCUUUUGCGUUGACUUCACGGAAGUUUUUCGAGAUUUGGUUGAAGAGCUCAGGACUGGUGCAAUGCGGGAGGCCAAGUGGUUACUUGUAGACCCCUCGUAUAAGGGUGUCGAGCUGGUUUUUCUCAGCCCGGUACCAGUUGAGGUACGCAGUAACACUGGUAAUGUGACGUAUGACAAAGGACUGCACGAGACGAAGGAGGCUUACUUGUUUGGGUCCCCCUCGUAG